ACUGGCACCUGGCUCCGUCCGGGGCCGCCGAUAGGUGUGAGCCCGGCCACGGGCGGCCCAGACCGGUCUCUGUUCCCUCUGGUCGGCCGCCAGCGUCUGUCUGCGCUCCGUCGGUGCUGCGGAGAAACAUCCUAUACCGAGGAGAGAGAUCAGCGGCGCUAUGCGGGCCGUCACCGUCUGCGCCCUGCUCGGAGCGCUGGCCGCCCAGAGCUCCACGAUGGAGUCUGGCCGGCGGCGGGCCGACUCGGCGCCGGCCGAGGAUCUCACCUGGUACCAGUACUACGCUCCCAGCGGCCAGCCCGCCGAGGGACUGGUGGCACAGGGAGACUACUUCACACUCAACGGACAGCAGUUCCAGAUUUUCAGCGGCGCCGUGCACUAUUUCCGGAUCCAUCCGGCGUACUGGCGCACCACGCUGCGCAAACUGCGAGCCGCCGGACUCAACACGGUCGAGACGUACGUCGCCUGGAACCUGCACGAGCCGCGAGUCGACGUGUAUGACUUUGGAGACGGAGGGAACGACAUGUCCGACUUCCUCGACCUGCCAGGUUUCCUAAGGAUCGCCCAGGAGGAGGAUCUGUUUGUGAUUCUCCGGCCAGGGCCGUACAUCUGUGGCGAGUGGGAGUUCGGCGCACUGCCCAGUUACCUGCUGCGCCAGUACGGUAUUCAUGUCCGCUCAGUGGACAAUUACUACCUGGGGCGCUUCGACAAGUGGUUUGGUCAGCUGCUGCCGCAGGUCACUGACCUUCAGUUCACCAAAGGAGGACCCAUCAUCGCAGUCCAGGUGGAGAAUGAGUUCGGCCAUUUCGGUUACGGCGACUUUCCGCGUGACCUGAAGUACCUGGAGCACGUGAAGCAGCAGCUGGAGCUGAACGGUGUGGUGGAGCUGCUCUUCACCUCCGACUCGCCGGCCCAGACUGGCGACAUGGGAGCACUGCCCGGCGUCCUGCAGACGGCCAACUUCCAGAAGGACCCGCUGCCGGAGCUGGAGGCGCUGAAAAAGUACCAGCCCGACCGGCCCCUGAUGACCAUGGAGUUCUGGACCGGCUGGUUCGACCACUGGCUGGCGCCCUUCAAGGCCGGCAUCUCGCCCGAAGAGUUCCGCAACAUUUUGGACACCAUUUUGAGCAACAACUCGUCGGUGAACAUGUACAUGUUCCAAGGCGGCACCAACUUCGGCUUCAUGGCCGGCGCCAACUGGAUUGACGUCAACCCGAGCUACACGCCGGACGUCUCUAGCUACGACUACGACGCGGUGCUGACCGAGGGUGGCCGGUACACGGAGAAGUACAACAUCACCAGGGAGCUGCUGGCCCAGUACUCAGUGGUCAAGUCGAUCCGGCCGGUGGCGCCGCCGGACGAGUUCGCCGUGGCCGCGUUCGAGCCGGUGCCGCUGACCGAGACCGUGCCGCUGGAGGGUGUGCGCGCCCAGCUGGCCGGUCAGCCGAGCGACACGCUGCUCAGCAUGGAGCAGCUGGACGUCAACGGCGGCUCUGGCCAGAGCUACGGCCUGGUCUGGUACCGGGCCACCAUCAGCACGGCCACCGACUCCCAGAUCACCAUCCGCGGACACGUCAGAGACGUAGCCCUGGUGCUGGUCGACGGCGAGCUGCUCACCAGGAAAAUGACCAGCAUUCUAUCUCUGGAAUCGUUUGGAUACUGGCCCGUCAAGGACGCGACAAAGAAACUGACCUGCGAGGCCGGAGAGCACACGCUGGAUAUUCUGGUCGAAAACAUGGGCAGGGUCAACUACGGAAAGCCGCACAUCCUUGACUUCCAGCGCAAAGGCCUAUACGAGGGCCCGGUGCUGAUUGAUGGCGUUGCUGUCACCGGCUGGGAAAUCUACCCCAUGGAGAUGAAGAAGGACUGGAUCAACAACCUGGAGGGCUGGACUCCGCUGGAGGAGGACAGCACCGUCUCCGUCCCCACCAUGCUGAGGGGCACUCUGAGGGUGGACCAGCCGACCGACACCUUCCUCGACAUGAGAAACUUCACCAAGGGGGUGGUGUUUGUGAACGGCUUCAACCUGGGCCGGUACCUGAGCGCCGGGCCCGUGUUCACGCUCUACCUGCCGGCGCCGCUGCUCAACGUCGGAGACAACACGAUCGUGGUGUUCGAGGAGUUUGCCUCCGAGACGCCGGUGAUCAAUUUCUCCAGCGAGCACAUCACCAUCUGAGUUCCCACCGUCACCGACUGACGAAACUCCACCGAAAACCUCGCGGCAGAGCUCAGCGGCGCGGCGGUGACGUCACGCGCACUAGUGACGUCAUGUGUGCGUCCUGCAGACAGACACUGCCAGCAGACGGGCCUAGUGGUGUGCCUCCGUAGGCCAGCCGAGUCGGGAGUGCCCGGUUCCGCGCCGGUUGUGUUGGAAUGAUAUGAGUGAUUGCAGAUACGGUAGUCAUUGUGCUGACCUGAAGCCGUGGGCAAUACGGCAAUACAGCCUAACGAUCUACAUGUCUUCAUCAAUCCCAAUAAAUAAUUGUCGAUUUU